ACAAAUCAAAAUAUCAUGUUUUAUGAUGACAUCAAAAAUUCAAAACUAAGUUCAGUUUUUAGUAUUUCAUAUUCUAUAUACAUUUCUACAUGAUUAUUAGAGAUUAUAUUAUGUUGAUAUGUCUUAAUUUGAAAUGGAAUAUUAUAGUUUUUUAAAACAUUAAAGAGAAUUUAUUAUUUAGUGAUAAUCUUGAUAGGUAGUUUAAUAUAAAUUUAGAUUUAUAGAAAUAUAUUGUUAUUUUAGUAAAUUUUAUUGGUUUAUCUGUACAUUUAUUUAUUUAAUCCUUGUGUUGAUUGUAAUUAGUGUGUUAGAUAUUCUACUUAUAUUUCAAAAUGAUAAAAGAAUUAAGCACAGUCAGAGAAUGCAUUGUAAACACAAAUGUGACAUUAAAGUCUAUAAUACAGGACAUAUAUUCGUGUGAUGGACCUAUUGAAUCUUUAACACAGUUAAAUGCAGACGGUAGAAAUCAAAUUAAUGUAUUUAGAAAUUUAAUAGAAAAUUUAGAGUUGUAUGCACGAGAAGCAGAAAGUCAACAAGAACGGUCAGAAGUUGUAGAAGAAGCCCGCAAUCAGAGAGAAUAUUUAACUAGUAACAUUGCUUCGUUCAGAAAGGCCAAUGUGGAAUGUAUGGCGAGGAUUCACAAAAAAUCUAGUGAACAGUUGUUGGGUACAAGCAAAGAAGAACAAGUUCGACAUAAGUUGAAAAUGGAUAAAGAAAAUUUAUUAAAACAGUCAUCAACUGUUACCAAUCAACUUUUAUCAGUCAGUAGACAACUUGCAAGCACAUCUCAACAAAGCUUGGAUACUCUUGAAACUCUUUUAAAGUCCUCUUCAACUGUAUCUAAUAUAAGCAGUGAGAUUAAAAAUGCCAAAGGAGCAUUAACUCAGUCUGAAAAACUUUUAAACAAAUAUGGACAACGUGAAACUACUGACAAAAUUCUUAUUAUGUUUGCUUUUGCAUUUUUUUUAUGUGUUAUUGCUUAUAUCGUUCAAAAACGUCUUUUUUAAUGUUACAUUGGUUAAAAAACUGUAAUGAAAUUUGGUUAUGUAAAAUAUGUAUAUAUAUUUAAAUGGAUAUGGUGUAUUUGUUUUAUAAUUUACCAAAAUGUUAUAUAUUUAUUUUUCUGUAAUGAUUAAAUCUAAAAAUUGUAUAAUAUUAAGUUAAAUUACAAGAUUUUGGUUUUAUAAUUAUUAUGUUUAAUAAAAUUAUAAUGGUUAUACCCAA